AUGGUUGUUUGGCUUGCAGCGGCCCAAGUUACCUUCCUUUUCGUGGUGGCCCCUGUGUGCAACGAAUGUUGCCACGGCCACGAGAGAGUCUCAGUUUCUAGCAUCAUGAACUUGGCAAAGUACAUGUUCAUCAGACCCCACCGGUUUGGAGACAAAGGUUUUUUGCGAAUUGCCGAGCGAUGUCCACAUCCCAGGUUUGGAUUAUUUUUUCACUGGCAGGACAGCAUUGACAUAUUCUGUACAUGCUUGCUAAAAUCAGAUUGGACACUCGCGCUAAGCAUUGAUACGCUGAACAAGCUCAAUUAUGUGUUGUUUGUUUUCCUUUUUUGCAUUUUUUGCGCUUUAAACCUAGAGUGUCUAAUGUUGUAUAUAUAUAUAUAA